AUGUCGCUCUCGAUCGAACCAGAUCACUUGCCCAGCAUUGUUUCUAUAGCAGAUGUUAUGAUGAAAUCCGGAGGUGAAUCACUUGCAACCGCCAAAAGUUUUCUGAUGAAUGCCUUAAAAUUAGACCCGAGAAAUCACGAUGCCUGGAUGAAGCUAGGGCAGGUUGCCAAAAUGCAAGGCUUGUCACAGCAAGCUGCAGAAUUUUACCAAGCUGCAUAUGAACUAGAGCUAUCGGCUCCGGUACAGAGUUUCAUUUGA